CGUGCUUUCACGCAGCCUGUUAUACCAACAGCACGAGCUAGCUAAUGUUAGGUGGUAACGCUGGUAAACUAGCUAGCUUGUUUCCUUAUCCGUGUAGUAACUGAACAUAGGAAAUCAUCAAACAAACGCACAAGAAGGUUUGAUCAUGCGAGGCCUACUCCUCCCUGCUCUGGUGCUGCUCCUUGCCCUGCCCCUCUCCUGGGGCCGGUACGACGACUUCGAUGACGGAGAGGACCUGGCGGAGUUCGACGACAACGACUUCGCCGAGUUCGAGGACAUGAGCGAGGACCCGGCCGGCGAGGCGGAGACGGCCCCUCCCCCCCGGGCCCCGCCUGCCGCCGCAGAGCAGGACGACGAGGACGAGGCCACCGUGGAGCUGGAGGACGGGACGGACGACUUCGAGGACUCCGAGACCCCGGAUGAGGAUAUGGACAACAAAUAUGACGCUGAGGAGUUUGAAGGCUUUGAGAAGUCCAACCCACCCUUCAAGGAUCCCAUCAACAUCUUGACGGUGCCCUCCCAUCUGCAGAACAGCUGGGAGAGUUACUACAUGGAGAUCCUGAUGGUGACCGGGCUGUUGGCCUACAUCAUGAACUACAUCAUCGGCAAGAACAAGAACAACCGGCUGGCACAGGCCUGGUUUAACUCGCACCGGGAACUGCUGGAGAGCAACUUCGCCCUCGUGGGGGACGAUGGUACCAGUAAGGACGCGGUGAGCACUGGGAAGCUGAACCAGGAGAACGAACACAUCUACAACCUGUGGUGCUCCGGCCGCGUGUGCUGUGAAGGCAUGCUCAUUCAGCUCAAGUUUCUGAAGAGGCAGGACCUGCUCAACGUGCUGGCCAGGAUGAUGAGGCCUGUCUGCGACCAAGUGCAAAUCAAAGUGACUCUAAACGACGAGGACAUGGACACCUUCGUGUUUGCGGUCGGCACCAAGAAGGCCAUGGCGCGGAUGCAGAAGGACAUGCAGGACUUGAGUGAGUUCUGCAGUGACAAGCCCAAGUCGGGGGCUAAGUACGGGCUGCCAGAGUACCUGGCCAUCCUCUCUGAGAUGGGGGAGGUCACGGAUGGAGUCAUGGACAGCAAGAUGGUUCAUUUUCUCACCAAUCAUGCUGACAAAAUCGAGUCCAUCCAUUUCUCGGACCAAUUCUCUGGUCCAAAACUUAUGCAAGAGGAGGGUCAGCCCUUGAAGCUGCCGGAGACUAAAAAAACACUAUUGUUUACAUUUAAUGUGCCUGGGAUGGGCAACACAUCCCCCAAAGACAUGGACACACUGCUGCCGCUCAUGAACAUGGUCAUCUACAGCAUCGACAAGGUCAAGAAGUUCCGCCUCAACAGGGAGGGCAAGCAGAAGGCGGAUAAGAACCGGGCGCGCGUGGAGGAGAACUUCCUGAAGCUGACGCACGCACAGCGGCAGGAGGCGGCGCAGACCCGGCGCGAGGAGAAGAAGCGCGCCGAGAAGGAGAGGAUCAUGAACGAGGAGGACCCCGAGAGACAGCGCCGCCUGGAGGAGGCCGCCCAGCGCCGGGAGCAGAAGAAGAUGGAGAAGAAGCAGAUGAAGAUGAAGCAAAUCAAAGUCAAAGCCAUGUGAAGCCGCGCGGACGUACGGACUCCAGUCCCAAGCACCGCAGCCGUUCCCUCCCUCCCCGUGCUCCCUGCCGUCUUAUCAUUUCUCUCCCGCAGUAAUCUCAUCUCACCGUACGAUACACGCCGUUUGGAUCUCAGGCCCUGUGCUGCACACCCACCCCUCCUGCUCUCGCUGUCCCUGCACUUCCUUUCUCCGGGGUUAUUAUGUUUGUGCCUCCCGAUAGGGCCGCACGAUAUCCAAUCACGUUUGUUUUUGUUUUUUUAAAGCUUAAUAAGACUAACUGCUGCCAUGGGGCCUGUUGUCCUAAUUUAUUUUCUUUAAUUACCUGCUGAGGUAGUGAAGAACCAGAGGCCACGUGAAAUGCUCCCAGGAAGAAGAAAAAAACGCACGGAUAUCUGUUGGGUGCUAAUGACAGUCAAGCAGCCAUUACAGCUUGUGACUGGAAAAGCGAAUCGCAUUAUCACAUGGAAGCACAGAACUGAAUGCUGAUUGGCUGUCUUCUUGACAUCCAAUAAAUAUCAGUAAUGUAUUUUUUUUAUUUUAUUAUUUUUUUCUCCCCUGGAAGCAUUUCACAUGAUCUCUGACAUUGGUCAUUUACUCCUGCAUCUGGUAUGGUUGUGGUGUUGUGGGGGAGAAAUAAAACGAAAGAUCACCAAUACGUCCCAUGGUGGCGGUUAUUCUUAUUGCGCUUAAAAAAGUGAUUCUAUCGCGCAAUCCUACUUCCCAUAUACACAUACCUUACCCAGCUGGACAUUAACUAUACAGGGUGCAUCUGACCGCCAACACAGCAGGGCGGGGAGGUCAGACCAAACCCUUCCUGCAGAACAUCGGCUGUCUGAGCCAGUCAUUGUAGGGAUGAGAUGUGCACGGCUACUGCGUGUGGUCUUCCAUAUCACCUUUUCACUCAGCUGGCUUUGCUGUAAAACGGAGAGCCUGCGGCCAUCUUAUUUAUGCUGCGGAAAUGACAUUUUCUGGGGACAUUUCUGUGCAUUUCAUGCGUUUGAUAUCUGUGCAUGAGGAAUAUUCAUAUGAAUCAAUCAGGGAGUGGUCGCUUGUCUUUUCAUGAAAUUUAGUUUGAAGAGGGAUUUCCAAGUUGAGAACUACUGUUUGUUUAAAAAAAAAAAAAAAAAAAUGUUUUGUAAGAUUGUCUUGUUUUGUAAGAUAAUAAUGUUGAUUUGCUUUUAUAGAAGGUUGUUGAAAGAUCAUCCACAAGUCAGGAUGUACUACAUUGGUAAGGGAGCGUUAGAAUGUAAUUUUUAAGUUGGUGACGGGUAUGUCCGAAAAGUCCUCCAGUCCAAAUUGAAUAACUUUAUAUUAAUAUCAAGGUAAAGCAAACUGUUCAUUAUCAUCUUGCUUCUAAAUUAUUGUUAUUUAAAAAUUGUAUACACAUUUAUGCAAGUGACAAUAUUUUAAUCAAAAUGCAAAUCAUUGGUAGCUUUCAGAAAACUUGGAUGUCUGUAUUCCACCGAGGCAAACGAUGAAUUUAAUAAAAUACACUAAAAUCUG